CUAAUACAGUAUGCGUUGGCACUGGUAGUGACAACACAGACAACAGGUUUGCAGUGUUUAAGCCAAUCGUGUUUAGCGUUGCGCUCAACACUAGAGUAUAUGCAUUGACUGAUUGAAUGUAGUGUUUGUAUGUUAUAAUGAUAUCUAAAAUGGCUUCACUCAUAGUCGGCCAUAUCGUUGUCCAACUGUUAUGAUAUUUCGGUCAUCACUACUGUGAUUACGGACACAAGUAAUCAACGAAGAGAUUUAAUCGUUGAUAGUCUUGAAGAUUACUCAUAAUUUAGAGCCCAUUGUUGUCACAAGUGAUUUGUUAUAAUCGCAAGCAAUGGGUCUUCACGGCGGCGGUGAAGAGUCAGUGACGAGUGGAUCGAGUGGUUGGGGAUCUCUGCCACCGAUGAGCUCAUCGUCAGCCGAAUGGGGCAGUAGUGGUAAUACUGCAACUCUUAAUUCAAGUGCUAAUCAUUGGCCAAAUAAUAAUUCGCGACAAAACGCGAUCUGUGAUCAAACUCUGUCGACAUCUCCCAAGCCUUCGAGUUCAUGGGCACAGGCGGCAGGUAAAGGACUGAACAAUGGACCAAUUGGACCAAACCAUGAUCUCAGUGUGUUUGGCAAUAAUGACAAUUCCACUAAAAGACAAACCAAUAGUGAUUUGCAACAAUUGUCUAAUGAUAAAGACACGGUUCUCAUCAAUGACAACUGGGGAAUAACUGUGAUAAACCAGGACAGCCCCUGGAAACUCCCUCCGUCCCCUCAGUCGAGUCCAAAAGAGUGUAACAGUGGUUCGCAGUGGAAGAGUAGCACAAAAGGAACUGAGAUCUGGGAAAAUACCGUCCGUCGCAAAGGACCGACGCCUACGCCCACAUCAAUGUCCUCGUCGUCAUCAUCCUGGGGUCACCACACACACACUCACACUCCCUCUACUCAUAUCGGUGGCACCUGGGGUGAGGAAGAGGACUCUAGCAAUCACUGGACAGGUGUUCCUCAAGUGAAUAAUAAUAAUAACAAUCCCAAUAAUAAUAAUAAUAAUAUUAAUCCCAAUAAUAAUAAUAUUAAUCCUAAUAAUAAUAAUAUUAAUCCUAAUAAUAAUAAUAAUAACAUUAAUAAUAAUAAUAAUCCCAAUAAUAAUGCCAACAAUUGGACGAACAAUGGUUCGAAUAAUUCUAAUAAUGGCAACAAUGGUAACAAUAACUCAAAUAUGCAGUGGAAUCACAACAUUGAUAAGGUUGAGACCAAUUCAAGACACAGUUCUGAAGGUAGAGAAAAUAGACCGAAAACUAAUCAUAACUCUAAUUGGUCUGAAUUUGGUGUAACAAAUGAACAAAAUGAUUCCAAUGGACCCGACUCUUCAUGGAGUGAACCCAAAUCUGAUCAGUCGUUCGGCACUUGGGCUCCGGAGUCGACUCAUAAAAAGGAUCCAAACUCUUCCGGUUGGGAUAAAGAUUCAAGCGACAGCCACGGCGGUAAUUUUGAUGACGGAACCGCUGUUUGGGGUAAUCCUGUCCGUCAAGGAAAGGUAUCACAUUGGAAGGAACAGUCGCAAACUGCCAAACAACAACAACAACAACAGCAACAACAUCAUCAUCAACAACAACAGCAACCCAUGAACCCACAAAACUCAAAUCCAAACGGCAAUAACUUGAGUGGAAUUUCUGCAAUGAUUCCUUCUAGUCCUGGAAUGAUUCGAUUGCCCGCCGGUGCGCCCAUAUCUGGUAAAAACGGUGACAGUUGGAGUAAACCCUCUCCGCCCAUUCAGACUAAUAGAGGUAACUCAUGGUCAGAGACAUCUACUCGUGAUUCUCCGUCAAACAAUUCGGUUUCACUUUGGGGUGAUUCCGACAAUAAAAACAGUUCAGUUCGUACACCGAAUACUCCGAAUUGGGCCGAGUCUUCGAACUCUAGUCCACUGGCCUAUUGGGCAGCAAAGCCAAAGGCAACUAAUAAUCCCAAUGCAAACUGGAGUGACGGCCAGAUAGACACAAGCAGUUGGGGCGGACCUAAACAGGGAAAGCCUCUCUCCAGAGAUAUUAUAUGGGCGAGUAAACAGUUCCGCAUUCUUACUGAAAUGGGCUUCAAGAAAGAAGAUAUCGAGAAUUCUUUGCGUAACAGUUCGAUGAAACUCGAGGAAGCAAUUAUUGAAUUGAAGAACUCUUCCACUCGUGAUUCAAAUGCCAUGGAUUUGGAUGGUUUGCAGCGGUUAAAGGGAUCAGGAAUGGGUUCGAGCAAUACUCCUAGUCUACUUAGCAACACAUCAGGCAUUGCCAACUCUAGUCUUUCCAGUAUUAACCGAAACCCUUUGGGAUCAAUUCUACCGCCACCACCACCACAUCAAUCAACAGCUCAGACACAGUCAUUCACACAAGCCAAUCAGGUUCAAAGUGCCUUAGGAUCGAACCCGAAUGGAAGUCGCAUCGGUGGUAGCGCACAGUCCAAUCAGCCCAAUGCAGCUCAGCUCCGACUUUUGGUACAACAGAUACAGCUGGCAGUUCAAGCCGGACAUCUCAAUGCACAGAUCUUGAACCAACCUCUGGCACCUCCAACAUUGCAUUUGUUAUAUCAGUUAUUACAACAAAUCCGAAUCUUACAUCAGUUGCAAAUCUCAGCAAAUCAGCACUUAAGCAAAACCGGUCCCACAAAUGCUGGUGGAGUGCCGGCCAUCCAGUCGUCAAUUAAUGUACAAAUCACUCAAACGAAACAACGCAUUCUUAACUUUCAGAACCAAAUCGCUGCCCAACAGGCGAUCUUCCUGAAGGAACAGCAACAGAGCCAACAUAUUGUUACACAAACUCCUAACUCUAUGAACAGCGGCGCCAAUACAUCGACGCCAUUGAUUUCACAACAAACUGCAAAUAAUGAUUUUUUUAAGAGUCCACAACAAGACAAUACACUUGUGAUAAACAAUGACAGAGAACUUGGCCCUCAAUCGUUGUCCCGCUUUCAGACCACUUGGAAGCAAGGAUUUACAAAGGAUGACAUGAAAGUGAAUAAUAUAAUAACCAAUGAUUUUAGUCGAGCUCCCGGACCUAUGCCUAAACACAAUGGCUUAACACGAAAUGAUGUCUCCAAUUGGACUGCCUUUGGCCAAACUGACGAAUUAGGCGGUUGGCCUUCGGAUAUGACUGUUAACUCACUUUCCGGUGCGACUCUUCCAAAGCACAAUGACUUAAAAGAUAUUUCAAAUUCUCUGUCCAACGCUAUUCCCGAUGCUUAUAAUCUGAAUGAUUUGGUGCCAGAGUUUGAGCCGGGAAAACCAUGGAAAGGUAACUCGAGUCUCAAAAGUAUUGAAGACGACCCGACUAUUACUCCGGGUAGUGUUAAUCGUUCUCCACUUUCAAUUAACACAAUCAAAGAUCCACUUUUUAAUUGGCCCUCAAAACUAAGUCCUGGAACUCCUAAUACAAAUGCUGAUUCCUUAUUGUCAUUGUCUUCAAGUACAUGGGCUUUCACUCCGCCUUCAAAUUCGCACAUUUAUAAUACUGUUGACAAUAAUAAAACAAAGAAUAACCUAAAAUCCCCGUCCAAUUGGGCUGAGCCUCAAUUGAACUCAUGCACUGAUAAUCUGUGGAGUGGCGGUUCUGUUUCCAAGACAAGAGGACCCCCUCCAGGAUUAACGCCUCAGAUCAAAAGUCCGGCCACAACUCUGUCUAACUCUGGAGCUGUCAAUCAGACAGUGAGCUCAGCUCACACUCUCUGGAAUUCAGACAAUCGUCAUAACGGCUCGGAGUUUCUCUUACUCCGCAAUCUUACGCCUCAAAUUGAUGGUUCGACCCUCAAGACAUUAUGUCUACAACACGGGCCGUUGCAGUUAUUUCACUUAUUUUUAAAUCAUGGCAUUGCACUGACUCGAUACUCAACCCGUGAAGAGGCCAUCAAAGCGCAGUCAGCUUUGAAUAAUUGUGUUUUAGGCAAUACUUCAAUAUUGGCUGAUAUUCCACAAGAGGCUGAGGUUCAACAAUAUCUGCAGCUUAUUCAAGGUGGUGGUCAACAAAUUGCAUCGAAUCCCCUAAACUGGUCUCAAAACGGCCAAAACAACAGUUCAUCAAAUGGCGUGAAUCAGUCAUCGAGUCUGUAUCGUAACGCCAACAGCUCUCUCCAAUUUGCCGGAAACUCCACAUCGAAUCCAUCAAAGAUGGAGUCGAGUACUACCUCUCCGGGUUGGAACACAUCAAGUAUAGGCAUGUGGGGAUUUGCCAAUUCCGGCAAUAACUUAUGGAGCGCUCCCAGUGCUCAAGACAGGAGCACUCCCUCAUCAAUCCAAAGUCUAUUACCCGGCGAUUUACUUGGAAGUGAAACUAAUUAACUGCUUAACCGCACCAAAGGUAGGCCUCACUCAUGCGACUCCUUCUCAUCUAUACAUUUCUUGCAUCUUAUUUUAUUUAUACAUUGAUAUAUAUAAAUAUAUAUAUAAAUAUA